AUGGUUGUGUCAAAAUGGACAAUGAAUUUCCGGAACAAUCAGGAGCCAUCGAUUGUGCUGAUAUGGGUAGUGUUUCCGGGGUUACCCAUCCCCUUUUUUGCAAAACAGCAGAUCUCCAAGUUAGCGGCAACGCUGGGGAGGGUGUUGAAAAUUGAUUCUGCAACCGCUACGCUUCGCAGACCGUUAGUGGCAAGGGUGCUAGUGGAGAUGGACGUAGCUACGGAGCUAGCAAAAAGGAUUUGGAUAGGGGAUGAUGACUUGAAACCAGAGGCACCCAAACGUGAUAUCCCACGAAGGAGCGAGAGGCAAUUACAAGCUAAUGCUCGACAGGAUGCUCAGCAGAAGCAUCCAGCAACUGAAGGCGAUGCAGCAGCCCAGCCGUAUAGCAGCAGUAGAGCCCAGGAACAAAUGGCACAAUCGGAUGAUUGUGGGCAGAAGGAUCAGAUGCAGGAGUUAGAAUCAGAAAGAGGAGCGGACUCGCAUCAGCGGGCCAAUCUACCACUGGUGGAGGGGCAGGAGGAACGUAUCCCUUCCGGGGAGGAUGUAGGCGACAGCAGUACCAUGGGGGGACCAAGUGUUCAGCAAGGCCUUGCCCAAAAUCCUGACAAGGCAGUGGCUACAGAAUUUGCGCGGACUGCGGUGGAGGGACAGCCGUUGGCGGCGACUGAUAAUGUUCUGCUGGGGGUCGCUGAUAAGCAGGUGGUGACGCAUAGUGGGGAAGGAGAUGUGGCAGCAUCUGCGAAGGAUCCGAUGGUUGUGGGGGCUGGGGUGAUUACGGUGGACCUAAUAUGUGAUAAUCUGCCAACUGCUAUUUUCAAUGGGGCAGCAUUGGCGUACAGGGGUUUGAGCCAGUCGUUUGAUAACCAAUGUGGCGGCAAUCGGGACUCGGUUAGUGAAGGGGAGGCGGACGAGGAUUUCGAGCAAGAGACUGCCUACUCCAGUGGGGGUCAAGACCUGAACACGAAUGCGGCUAGCGUUGGAGUAAAUGUCGACCACCAGGCCAUGCUUGGCAAUGGCAGAAAGCCAACAAAGAAAAAAGGGGUCUGGGUUUUGAUCCCGUCGGACAGACAGCUUCGCUCGUCGGUAACAAGUACGUUGGCACAGCACGUGUCGUUCUCAGUUCAACAUCCGUGGUUAGCCAAUCCGUUAACCUUUUCAUUUGUGCAUGCAAAAUGCACAUUAGAGGGGCGAAGGGCAUUGUGGCAGGAUCUACUUGACGAUAAACCUGGCUCUCAUGGCUGGUGUGUAUGUGGGGACUUUAAUGUCAUAGUGGACCCUAAUGAGAAGCAAGGAGGCCGUCCGUUUUCGAGUUCUGAGGGUGUGGAGCUAUUGGCUUUUAUGGAGGGGGCGGAAGUAUUUGAUGCGGGAUUUUCUGGAUCAAGAUUUACCUGGUGUAACAAUCGGCAGAGGCGAGACAGAAUCUGGAAGCAGUUAGACAGGGUGCUCAUCAACGGUGCUUUCACGGAAAGUGCUCCAUCCUUGGCUAUGACCCAUUUGGCCCGCCAUCCUUCAGAUCAUGCGCCAGUUAUGAUAUCGUUUACCUCGCGCAUGGACAAUAAACCUAGGGCGUUUAGGUUCUUAAAUCUGUGGACGUCUCAUCCUGGGCUUCUGGAUGUUGUUAAACAGGCCUGGCAGGUGGAAUGUCCUGGCUCCCCUCUUAGGGCCCUAUGUUCAAAACUACUGCGUACCAUGCGGGCCAUGCAAGAGUGGAAUAAGGGCAUAGUCGGGAAUGUGUUCGAGGCUGUUCGGAGGGCAGAGGCAUUGGUCUUAGCCGCGGAAUCACGUACAGAGAGUGAUGGCUCGGUGGAGGCUCAGGUAGAGCUCAGUAAAGCCCAGGCCGAGCUACGACAUGCACUCUUGAACGAGGAGAAGUUUUGGGGUCAAAAGGCUAAAGUUAAAUGGCUACGUUAUGGUGAUCGCAAUUCUAGAUACUUCCACGCCACGGUUCAACAACGAAAGGCAGAAAAAGUGACUCUGGAGGCAUGUCCUACUCCCGAGGAGGUGAAAAAGGUGGUGUUUGAGCUAGAUGGGGAUAGUGCUGCUGGCCCGGAUGGCUUCACAAGUCAGUUCUUUACAUUUGCAUGGGACAUUAUUGCAAAAGAUGUUUAUAAUGCUGUUUUAAGCCUUUUCUGCGGGGCAGAGUUGCCUCGGUUUUUAACAUCUACCUCCAUCGUGUUAAUUCCUAAAGUGCCAAGCCCUCACGAUUUUUCGAAAUACAGGCCAAUUAGUUUGUGCAAUUUUUUCAAUAAGGUGUUGUCUAGAAUACUGGCAGAUAGACUAGCACGCAUCUUGCCCAAGAUAUUAUCUCCGCAGCAAAUAGGGUUUGUUAAAGGUAGGAACAUAACUGAGAACUACUUGUUGGCCCAGGAGCUUAUGUCGGGAUUAGGAACAAGACCCGGGGAACGUAGCGUUAAAACUAGAUAUGACAAAGGCGUAUGA